GCUGCUCAUUCCUGCGAAGUGGAGAGCAGCAAGGGAGAUAGGUGUGAAGAAGAGCUUCGUCUUGUGUCUAGUGCUCUCUCCCGCUCCCACUGUCUGGGCGACAUUUUCGAUUCUCUACCAUUUUCUCUGUUGAUGUUUUUGUUGCUCAAUGCUUUGGUUUCUCAACUGAUGCUCAACUCCUCAAAUCCCUAAACUGAUCAGAAUUUAAUCUGGGCUGGAAUCCGAGGACAGGAAGAUGGCAACCUUGGGUAAAGCGUUCUACACUGUCGGAUUCUGGAUCCGCGAGACGGGCCAGGCCCUUGAUCGCCUUGGCUCCCGUCUUCAGGGAAACUAUUACUUCCAAGAACAGCUGUCCAGGCAUCGAACUCUCAUGAAUGUAUUUGACAAAGCUCCUGUGGUUGACAAGGAAGCAUUUGUAGCCCCCAAUGCAUCCAUUAUUGGCGAUGUUCAGGUUGGGCGUGGUUCUUCCAUUUGGUAUGGAUGUGUCCUGAGAGGUGAUGCUAACAGCAUUAGUAUUGGAUGCGGAACCAAUAUACAGGACAAUUCUCUUGUCCAUGUGGCAAAGUCAAAUUUGAGUGGGAAGGUUUUACCAACUAUCAUUGGAGAUAAUGUCACUGUAGGUCAUAGCGCUGUGUUACAUGGAUGUACUGUUGAGGAUGAGGCAUUUAUUGGCAUGGGUGCAACCUUGCUUGAUGGUGUCUAUGUUGAGAAGCAUGCCAUGGUUGCUGCUGGAGCUCUUGUCAGGCAGAACACAAAGAUCCCUUAUGGGGAGGUUUGGGGAGGUAAUCCAGCCAGGUUCUUGAGAAAGCUAACAGAAAAUGAAAUGGCCUUCUUUGCUCAGUCAGCUUUAAAUUAUGCCAGUUUGGCUCACGCUCAUGCUGCUGAGAACGCAAAACCAUUGGAUGCGGCUGAAUUUGAGAAGGUUGUCCGCAAGAAGUUUGCCCGAGGUGAGGAGGACUAUGAUUCAAUGCUAGGGGGCGUUAGGGAAACUCCAUCAGAGCUUCCUCCUCCAAAGGCCUCUUAAAUCUUCCGUUAGGGAUUUCUUUGAGAUUUGCUGUGAGUGGAUCUCUGUAAUUUGCAACUAGUGGAGAGCAGCUGCUUUUGUUUUCAAUAAUCGUGGGCUGUUGCUGAUGUCACAAAUAUCCUACUAUGAUGCAAAUAUUUGAUCCGUGGCUAUGCUCAGUUUAUACCGUCAAUUUAGAAAUAUUGCUUGAUCGAUAACAAACAACAACAGUGGAAUCUAGAUAUGAUUUCAGGCAUCUGCGGACAAAUCUGCAAAUCUCCAAUUCUCAGUUGUUUUGAAAUGUAUUUACUCUUCUGAUAAGGUUUCUUUGCUGGUUGCUCGGACAAAGAGACUUGUCAGUAGAUGGAGUCAUUUGACAUUGCUGUUCUGUUUUCUUUCUUGCAGCGUCGUAGUUUCACUUGUUAAAGCGAUACGGCUAAUGCAUCAAUUGGUGAAUAACAAUUCUGCUAUUUUUUUUGUGAGAA